CUGCCAAUAACUGGUGCCGAUUUCACUUCAUCAACCACAUUGCACGUGUUCAAAGACGUCAACAUGAUCAAUUUUUAAUUGUUGACAAAAAUUGAAUAACCGAAUAAUAGGAAUUAAAUUUAUUUGAAAAGUUGUAAACUUUGAACUUGAAACUAAAUCAGCAACCCCAAAAUGUCCGCUUGCAUUCGAAGCAGUACAUUGCCAUUGUUAAAAUACACAAGGACUAGAAUUUUACAGUCACGGCACGGAUUGUACCUUGAGUUGAGGCCAAAUGGAGUUGUACAGACAACAGUUAACAUAAGAAGUCCGUUCAUUUUUCUGCAGUUUUUGACGGUUGGUACAAAUAUGGUUGCUAUUUGGGGUGUAGAUUCACGGUUAUAUUUGGCGAUUGAUGAAGAUGGGACAGUGUUUACAACGAAAGCCGAGAGUAAGGAGUGUGUUUUCAAAGAGUAUGUCACGGGUGAAUUUUUUAGUCAGUUUGAGACGUGUCACAAAAAUGAAGAUGACUUCGCCUGGUAUUUGUCCGUGGAUUCAAACGGAAAAGUAACCGCAAAACCUGAUACAAAAGAGCAUGCAAACAAGAAUCUUAAUUUUAUUGUAAAAAUACCCGCGGAACAGGUAGAGUUCUGUAAAAACUCACCAACAGAUCGUCGAACGGAGAAACGACCAAUGAUGUCACACACUAGAAAAUUUAUGUUAUCUCAGGAUAGCUCGUCACAAUAUCGUCACAGGCAGUGUGACUCAAUGGUCCAACGUGUGUUCUCCACCCGUGCAGCAUGUCGGGAACGUGACUCACAAAGCUCUGAGAUCAUGCGACGACAGUCAUCAAGUGAUAGUCAGUACAGCCAAUCGGAGAGAAGCUAUUCUUUUACUGAUUCAAUGGAAAUUGCAGGAUUCACAAGCGACUCAUCGGUUGAAAGUUUCAAAGGAAUAUACGAUGGACGAUUAUAAAUGGAACAAUAUAGACUAUAGUUAAAUGAUUGAACCAACAACGGGCAUGCAUGACUUGUAAAGUUUGGAAUUUGAACCGGUAAUGCGAGUGUCAUAUUUAGGCAUUCUUACUAGUUAUUUGUUAAUACAAUUAUAC